AUGCGAGAAGAUGAAGUCGUACGUGUAAUUAGGUAUGAUGAACUUAUUAUACUCUACGCUAAUAAACAAUGCCAAAAAUACGGUACUCAUCAACAUCAUUAUCAAAUGAUACGAGUUAGACUACGGCUGCUUGGACGUUUCCUGAACUCCAUAAAAGAAAUCGACAGUCGAAUAGAAAAUUUCGCUGACGUUUUCCAGCCUCGUUAUUAUGAUGCUACAAUUGACACAGUACGAAUUGUUGCUGGGUUUGAUCAAAAUAAGCGUACUUUUGAACAUCCUGCAGUAGCUUCUAACCUUGGCACGUUGAUAAAGCAUGUUGGUGACUUGUUACGAUCUGAAUAUAUUAAAAAAGAGCUAGAAUAUGAACAAAAAAGAGUUGAAGACUUUUUAAAACUACUUAGUGAAGAUUAUGGAAUAAGUAUUAAUAGAGCGGUUGCUGAAACACAAACUCAAAAUAAUCGACGGAAAAAGGUGAUACUUCCGACUACUAAUGAUAUUAAAAAAUUGGAUUCAUUUUUAAAAAGCAAGCGAUCGCAGUAUUAUCAAAAAUUGCGAGAAAAAUUUUCUUAUGAAAUAUGGAAAAAACUUGCAGAAACCACUUUAUUAUCUUUGCAACUUUUUAACCGUCGUCGACCCGGAGAAAUUGAGCGUUUAUACUUAGAAGAUUUUCGUAGUUAUCGAGGUAUCGAUCAAAUGGCAGACAAAGAAACAUAUAAUGCCUUAUCGCAAGAAGGAAAAGCGUUAGCUCGAAGAUAUGUUCGCUUCGAGAUUCGUGGAAAACUUGGUCGAGGAGUUCCUGUUUUAAUACACGUCGAUUUCUUAGAUUGUUUAAAUUUAAUUAUUCAACAUAGAAGUAGCGCAGGAGUACCUUCUCAAAAUGAGUAUUUAUUCGGAUUACCAUCUAGUGAUAAGGAUAAAAAUCGAUAUCUCAGGGCAUGCGAUUUGAUGAGAAAAUAUUCGAUACAAUGUGGUGCAGAAAUUCCUAGUUCUCUUCGUGGAACACAGUUACGAAAGCAUAUUGCGACUAACUGUAUUAAUUUAAAUUUAAUUGAUGGUCAAGUAACUGAUUUGGCUAAUUUCAUGGGACACCAUGAGAAAAUCCACAAGGAUAUUUACCGUCAACCCGUAUUGGAAACAGAUAUUGUAAAAAUAUCAAAAAUUUUGCAGACAGCCCAAGGACUAAAUGAGUCUGAAGAAGAAUCUGACAGUAAUGAAGAAGAUUUCUCUAUACAAAGUACCAGUCAUGAUCGUUCUAAUGCAAGUAAUCGGUUGCAUAAAGAAUCAGUAAUGACGCAUUCUACUCCAAGACGAUGGUCUAACAUGGAACGUACAGUUACAUUAUCGGCAUUUCCAGAAUUUUUAUCCAAUGGCAAAAUACCUUCUGGAAAGGAGUUACAAAAAUUAAUCGAUGAUCACAGUUGUUUACAAGGAAGAACCGUGCCGCAACUGCGCACGUGGUUACAUACUCAGAAAAAAAACAAAGUUAUUAAUAAUGCAGCCUAA